AUGUACAACUCUGCCCGUGUCAUGAAGCCAAAGCUGUCUUUGAGCAUCUCUGCUGCGCAGAAUGCUACCCGGCCUUCUUUGUCACUAAAGUCACCAAGUGCUAUGGUUCGCACUCCCUUCUCGCCAAUGUCCACUGCGAGCCCAACCAGCAAGAUAUUCUCGUCAUUGCAAGUACCAACAUGUGGAUACAUAAACUCUUGCUCCGCGAAGAGCAUCCUUAAGAAGCCGAAGCUAUCCUCGCCAAGCGCUCCCCAGGAAAGUGCUGCUCAGAAAAACGUUCAACUGCAACAGACACCGAUUGUCUACUGCGUGACACCUAUUGAGAAUCCUGACGAAUAUUACGGCCAGCAUGUCAAGAUGACCCGAGAGGAGCGCCGAUGGAGGGUUCAACAUCCUGCUGCGACAUUACGCAGGUCAGCACUAGGCGGUUUGAGGACAUGUUUGGCCUGCCGCCGAGGGUUGCUUACGCUCGCAAUCGAAACAUCAUGUGAUGAUACCUCAGUUGCGAUCGUCGAAAAAACAAAGAAAGCCAACGGCCAUGCAGCCAAGAUUCAUUUCCUCGAAAAUAUAACGGCCGACACGCGCGCGCAUCGUGGUAUCCAUCCUAUCAUCGCUCUCGAAUCCCACCAGGAACAUCUCGCAACCCUUGUACAGAAAGCCCUUAACUAUCUACCUAAGUCACAAUCAGGCAAUGGCCUCAAAGUAUCAGAUGGAUCCAAUCGCUGCAUACCGGAUUUUAUAUCUGCGACCAGGGGCCCCGGCAUGCGAUCCAACCUUUCCGUUGGUCUCGACACCGGAAAAGCGCUCUCGGUUGCAUGGCAGAUCCCCAUGCUCGGGGUUCACCACAUGCAGGCACAUUUGUUGACGCCCCGGCUCGUCUCAUGUUUAGAGAACGAAGCCAAUCCCAAUCCCGACCCCCAGCAAUGGCGCCUGAAUUCCCCUUCCUAUCCAUUCUCGUUUCCGGAGUCCUCGCGCCUAACGGAGCACAAGAUCCUCGCCACAAGUGGAGAUAUAGCUAUGGGGGAGGCUCUUGAUAAAUCCGCGCGAGAGAUUGUGCCCGCUUCUUUGCUACAGGAUGCUAAAAGCACAAUGUACGGCAAGACGCUGGAGAAGUUCGUCUUUCCGAAUGGCAAGGCCGAUUUUGCGGACUACAAGCCUCCUGGAACUCGUGGCGAGGAAUUGGUCAAACACACGAGCCAGUGGGGUUGGUCUCUUACCACCCCGUUUGCGAAUACGCGGACGCUGGAGUUUAGCUUCUCUUCGAUAUCGAGCAUGGCUGGCAAAAUCAUCACUAAAAGUAGUGCGAGUGCCGAAAUAUCGCAUGACGAGCGUGUCGCUCUGGGUCGGGAAGUCAUGCGUGUUGCUUUCGAACAUCUUGCUUCGCGGACUGUCAUUGCCCUGGAAGCCCUGAGGCCGCAUAACACCGGCGAGGAUAAGAUCAAGACCCUUGUUGUUAGUGGUGGUGUUGCGGCCAACCAAUUUCUCAUGAAGGUGCUCCGGUCGUUCUUAGAUGUGCGCGGGUUUGAAGAAAUCAAGGUCGUUGCUCCGCCUCCGUAUUUGUGCACUGACAAUGCAGCUAUGAUUGGUUGGGCUGGAAUCGAGAUGUUUGAGGCUGGGUGGAGGUCCAAUCUCAGCUGUCGUCCUUUGCGGAAAUGGUCACUCGAUCCACAAGCCGAGGAUGGAGGAAUCCUCGGCCCUGGAGGCUGGAUUCAAUAG